AUGGUGUUCACGGAGCCGCUCUUCGGGUCGAUCAUAGGCAUCAAACGGCGACUAUCGGAGGCGCUGUUGACGGCCUGCCGGCGCGUGUCGCUGACGGUCAACACCCUCCUGGCCGUCCUGUGCGCGGCGCUCACCCUGUACAGCGGCAGCGCGUACCUGACGUUGGUCGAGACCUGCGAGGCGCACGAGCCGGGGACGAAGUGCCCGCAGCCGUGGUUCCUCAUCGGCCUCAUGGGCGUGUCGGUCCUGGGCCUGGUGACGGUGGUGACGGCCAUCAUCGGCGCUUCCAAGCAGCACGCCACCACCAUCUCGGCGUCCGUGUUCGGCAUCGUCACGUGCUUCGUCCUGCAGGCCGCGCUCAUCAUCGCGAUCCUGUCCACGAAGAUGCCCACCGACGACGCCAAGAUCAUCAUCGACGCGGCCAAGCGCGACCGCCUCACCACCAACAUCGCCGGCAUGGUCUUGUUCGUCCUCGAGGCCACCAGCGUCGUCACGGCACUCGUCCUGGAGGCCGCCUACGCCCCCGGGGACGACGAGGACGCCGCCGCCGACGAAGAGACGCGCCCUCUGAGGAGGUCGUCGAUGGAGUCGGCGUAG